UUUUGUUAUUCUGUGCAAAUAUUUAUAAAACUUAAAGCUUCAGCACGAAUCGCUUUUCACCAUACUGUGGUGAACAAAAUAAUGUAAACAGAAAUCAGCUGUUUAGUGCGAAAUGGAUUCUUCAACAACGAAACCAAAAAACCAACGUGCUACGCACGAACAAUUAGAAACUUACGUUUCAUUUUGCCGCGCGCAUCCCGAAUUCGGUAUAGGAAAAAAUACGCCAAAAUCGCCUCGACAAAUGCAGGAUUUGUGGCGGCAGCUGGCGGAGCAGUUAAAUGCGUGCAGAGGGCCAUCUCGUACUGCAGCUAAGUGGAAAGAGACAAUGGGUGUUUGGAAGAGCCAACUACGUACGCGGGCAAGGCGCUUAAAAAUGGAGCAGAGGCUCACUGGAGGGGGGCCCUGUGGCAAGCCGUUGACUGAUUUCGAACAAAAAUCUUUGGCAGCUUUUGGAUCAAUAGCUGUGGAUGGAGUGGAAACUGUUGAAAGCUUUGGUUUAGGGCUGCCUAGUUCAGCACCACUGCCAAGCCUAUUAUUGUCGCCAACCGCACUACCUUCGCCAGGCCCACUACCAUCGCCAAACACACUGCCAUCGCCAAACCCACUACCUUCGCCAACCGCACUACCUUCGCCAGGCCCACUACCAUCGCCAAACACACUGCCUUCGCCAAACCCACUACCAUCGCCAAACACACUGCCUUCGCCAAACCCACUACCAAAUCCAUAUGAUUCACCGUUAUUUAGCCCGGAUAAUCAAAUUGACACCGAUUCGGAUGCCAGGACAUCACGGCCAUCACGAGGGGAGCGCAAUAAGCUAAUUAGCACUCUUAUUGCUAACAUAGCAAAGAGGAAUGCUGCUGAAGAACACAGGCAACGUCGUGAAGAGGAACAGCGUCGGGAGCACCGGGAAGUAAUACAUGCCAUCCAUGACCUAACAAGAGUUGUCGCAGAUUUAAUAAAUGUUUUAAAACAAAACUCUGGUCAUUAGAGUUGAAAUUCA